GCUGCUUAUUAUCGUUGGGGUUUGUCCUCGUGACGUCACGGCGGUCUGUGCUGUGACCCGCUGGAUCGGUUGUAGCGAAGAGGCGGCGCGCCGGAAAGCUACAGGAUAGCAUUAAACUAGCAGUGAUCAAAACACAGCUUCAGGGCCUGUAACGCCUUCACCCUUUAGAAUCCAACGCAGGACGUCCAUAAGUGUCUGCAAGGUGACUCCCGAGGGACGGAGGACGUGCAAACACUUGUUUAUGCGAGCGAAGUAAGCGUUUUGGCCUCGUCAACUUGGCUAACAUUAGCCUACGUUAGGCCCAGCUAGUGCUAGCCUUGGAGCUUACUUUUCGCUAGCAAAAGCAAAACAAGGAAUGAGUGAUGACUUCUGUGGUAGUGUCAGACGGUGGAGGGAACAUUGUGGAGUAUGUCACUGUGGUGGAGGAACCCCAGCAGUGUGAGCAGCAUCCUGCUGAGGAGGAGGAGGAGGAAGAGGAGGUGGUCCAGCAGGAGGUAGAGGCAGUGGUCAUUGAGGGCGGCGAAGAGGUGGAGGAAGAUGUGGAAGAGGAGGAGGGCGUGGUACUGCAGGAGGAGGGCUGUCCAGCUGUAAUUGUGGAGGAGGUGCCCAGCGCUCAGGUGGAGGAGUGUUAUUCUGCCCAGGUCCUGGUCUACGAUGAUGAGACAUAUCUAAUGCAGGACGUGGCUGAGGAGCAGGAGGUGGUCACUGAAGUGGCUGAGACUGUGGAAAUGUCGGGUCACGACAUGGUGUGUUUUGACAAAACAUUUGAAGCAGCCGAAGCUCUUCUCCACAUGGAGUCUCCUGGAGGACUGCACAGUGAACGCAACACAGCAGAGGAUGUGAUGAUGGAGACAGUGGUGGAGGUGUCUACAGAGUGUGGACCCAUAGAGGAGGAGUCCUUCCCUAUCCCUCCUGAAUGUGAACCUGCUGCCAAGAAGAAGAGAGGAGGUGGACGGAAGCCAAAGUCACACCAACCUGCCUCCAAUGGUUCCUUUGACUUGGGGAUCAAGAAGAGACAGAGGGAGGGCAAAGGCAACACCACCUAUCUGUGGGAGUUCUUGCUGGAGCUGCUGCAGGAUAAGAACACCUGUCCCCGCUACAUCAAGUGGAUGCAGAGAGAGAAAGGCAUCUUCAAACUUGUCGACUCCAAGGCCGUGUCCAAACUGUGGGGGAAACACAAGAACAAGCCCGACAUGAACUACGAGACCAUGGGCCGAGCCCUGAGGUAUUACUACCAGCGUGGCAUCCUGGCCAAGGUGGAGGGUCAGCGUCUGGCCUACCAGUUCAAAGACAUGCCCAAGAACAUUCGUGUGAUCGAGGAGGAGGAGGAGGGCGAGGAUGUGGAAGACGCAGAGGGCAUGGUGUCCGGCCAGCACCCGGCUCACCAGCAGGGCCCUGCCAGCCUUGGCACCAACUCCCCCGCCGCCACCCAGCCUCAGCAGACCUAUGUCACCGUCAUCCCCAGCAAUGCCGCCACCAGGCCCAUCCGAGCCAUGCCGGUGGUCAUGACCAACUCACUAGGUCAGGUGACGUUAAACUCCUCGUCCAUUCUCACCACCACCACAGGAGUCCCUGUAACGGUAGCGAACGCCUCCGCCGGCGCUCCCCCCAAACUGGUGAUCCAGGCUCUGCCCACCGUGCUGCCUGCCGGCUCCAAAGCAGGAGAGAAGAUCACCAUCAUCACCAUCCCAGCCAACCAGCUGGCCACGCUCAUGCAGGCCAACUCGACUGGCCAGGUCACGCAGCUCAUCCAGGCCAAGCCCGUCGCUACGCAGCUGGCACCGGCCGCCGCUAAACCCGCGGCUGGGACCGCGCCCACGGUUCAGCUAACGACAGGCCGGACGGCGCCGCAGCUCAUCCUGGCGAAACCGGCGGCAGUGGCUCAGCCACUGCCUCAGCUCCAGGUGAGCCAGCCUCACCCCACCCUGCCCAAAAUCCCCACCCAGCCCCCGAAGCCCUCCAACUGUCAGCCCGAGGCAGCACAAUCAGAAGUAGCAGCAGAGGCUCCACCCCCAUCCAGCCCACCAGCAGCAUCAGCAGAGACCCUGUCAUCCUGAGAACCCUGCCCUGAGCCAGGGCCACUGAGGGGGAGUGGGAGGGGGUACAGGAAGUGACUGUGGACACUGCUGAGGAAGUGCAGGACACAUCCCACACCUCCCCUGCCUCAGAGCAGAGGUGCUCUCUUAUUGGCUCAGACUGUCAGCCUAAUGUUUCUCUCCAGGGAGACUGAAGCCCCACAAAGGAUUAAAGGGACUGUUGUACACACACAGACACACACACACAAACACACACACACACACACACACACACACACACACACAGAUCCUUCAGAGCUCAGAAGACAUGGGCAGCCUUAGAUUGUACAUUAAAAAACUCCUUUUUGUAAUCAAACCUAAUAUAAAAAGCCUGACAAAACUUUGUUGUAAACAGAAAUGUAAAAAGCAUUUUUUGAUACUCAGCCCGUAUGUAUCAGUACAGACGUAGUUGGAAUUCAUCUCUUUGUUUCUUCCUCUGUUUCAGUCUUUAAUGGUUUGUCUGCCGAGUUGUUACUCCACAGCACUGUCACCUUCUCCGAGCGCCCGCCGUCUUUUUGUACUGUUCAUAAAAAGGGAGUAAAAGGACGUCUGCGUUGAGAUAAAUGACAUAAAUGGUGUGCUCCACAUUUGAAGUAUGAUAUACUAUUUUUUUCUUGUACUAUCAGUGUAUUGAAGUAGAUUUUACUGAAAUAUGUAUUAUAAAAAAGACAAAUGUGAAUGAAAA